UAUAUAAUCUCUGCUUCUACCCGUAGCUAGAAAUUAAAAAGGCGCGAAACCAAACUAGAAUCUUGUGAGAAAGAGACGAGACGUUAGGGAUUUUUAGGGUUUUUGAAUCUGGGAGAGAGUCAGAAAACUAGAAGAAGAAGAAGCAGCCAGAGAGAUGGGGAAUCUUACUGAUCAAAAGUAGUUUUUUUUUUUUUUUUGGAAAUGAAAUAGUAUUUAUUUGUAAGAGAGAGGAAAACUAAAGAAUAAAGAGGCUUUGUAACGAGGCCUGCAUGUGUAGAAUGUGCCGACCAAUCCCCACUCGACAAGUCAACCAAAAGUAAGAGAGAAUUAUCAAACCGGUCCAGUCCGGUCCGAUUUCUUGAAUCUCAUAAAUAAAAAAAGCCCGGUUUCUUGGAUUUCCUAUAUAAAGCAAACCGCAUUGGAAAAUAGAAACAAACCGCCUCAUUGUGAUUUUGCUGCGUCUGCUACUCCACACUCGUCUACUCUGCUCCGAAACCAUGGACCUGCAUCACCUCAACGAAGACGAAGCCCAAGGAUCCAUCGGCGAGCUCAACGAAGGAGGCGGUGGAAAAGGCGAUCACUUCGUCUCAGGCGAACCCAACGAAGCAGGCGGAGGACAAGGCGGUCACUUCGGCUCCGGCGAAUACUUGGGUACUUGACCUUCUAUCGCGCUUCCUUAUGUGUGGACAUUUCAGAUUAUUAGUCAAGAAAAUAUGCUUGAAGAAGAUUCGUCAAGUUCAACUACUCAUCGCUGCCACAAAAUCAUUAAUGAUAUCCAAAGCUUCCUUCCCACCUCUCGGCCUCGUGUUUCUGAUUAUCUGGAACAGAUAAUACAGGGGAUAGAACAGAUCAUCAACAAGGGCUAUGGCUACCUGGCUGAUGGAGAUGCGUUCUUUGCCGUCUAUGCUGAUCAAAAGUUGGAAUAUGCUACAGAUGUCUGCGAAGGCUGGUGAGCCAAAUUGGUACAGCCCUUGGGGACCUGGGAGACGAGGGUGGCCAAUUGCAUGCAGUGCAAUGACUCCUCAUCUGCCAUUCGAGUUUGAUAUCCAUGCUGGCAGCAGUGACUUGAUUUGUCCAAAUCAAACUGAAAUUUCUGCUCCGAGUAGUGCUGACCAGAAUGGGCUUGUCACUAUUGAUAACAAGAGAAUGUCAGAAUCAAGUCUCACAACUCGUUGGAUUACUCAAUACUAUCAUCCCCUGGCAGUAAGAUACUUCCUGUUAAGUGCACGCUUCACGUCUUCUAUCAAGUUUACUGUCUCUCAUCUGGAAAGCGCAUCAACUGCCAUGUAUUCCAUAUAUGAGACUCUGCAAGACUGUGAAGAUGCUUUAUCUUCUCUGACCGGAGGAGCAGAGGAAAGCAGUACAGCAGUUACAAUUACUACAGCCCAAAACGACAGCAUUGAGCUAAAGAAGCAGUUUGAGACUCAAAUGACUGAUGAUUUGGACAUAUCCCACAUAAUGAAUGAUGCUUUUCAAGGUGCUCUUGAUCUUCUAAAGAAAACCUUAAAUGUGCUCAAGGAGCAGCAGCCAGCAUCAUUUCAUUGUUUACUUGAAACAGUGAAAGAAGUUAAAGCAGUCCUGGACAUUCUCUGUUUGCUGCCCUCCCUUCCAUACUCUCAGGUUUUGCAGCAACUAAAAGAUACGACACUGAAGAGAGAACAGCUUUCAAAAGGUGGUGCUGUAAGCAGGAAAUUAGAUAGAGCAGACCUGGAACUUCUUCUGUGGAUGUGAGGAAAGGAGGAAAGCUGGAUUUGAGCUGCACAUCUAAUGUCGGAAAGGAAAUAGUACCGUCGAACCUUUCUGAUAUACCAGAGUGGAUACUUGUUGAUAUUCUGUCACUCCUCUCAGUCAAGGAUGCGGCAUUAAUCAGUUUCACCUGCAAAGCAUGGGAAAAUUUGUGGACCUAUUCUACAAAUCUGACUUUUGUUGACCACACAGGCCCCUCUGCCAACCUUGACAUUGGACGUACUGAAGAUUAGAGAGAGGGAAAAGUAUGUUGGCUGGGUCAGAGAUGUUCUAAAGAAGUACAGAGGGACGAAGCUUGAUAAGUUCCAUAUCUUCUUCGAUUUGGACAGCAGCUAUACAAGCGAAAUUGAUGAUUGGGUAGAGUUUGCUCUCGAACGCGAUGUUAAAGCGUUGAUCUUGGAAAUGGUCAGCCCUUUUGAUCCUUCUCGUAAUAACUAUUCCUUUACUAAGCGGAUUACGGGCGAGUCCCUCCAAGUAUUGGUGCUUGAAAAUGUUGAUCUGAAUGGAGAGGUUUUUCAGCAUAUAUCUCAUUUUCGAGGACUUGAACAACUAUCAGUGACUCGUGCAUCUGGUUUAAAUCGCAUCAGAAUGUUUGGUUCUUCUGUACGUUUGAAGUCCUUAGUGGUCAGAAAUUGUUGGAAUCUUGAGAUUAUUGAGAUCUGUGAUUUACCUCAGCUUGCUUUCUUUGAGUUUGAGGGAAGACCUAUAUGCCUGGACCUGAACUCAGUUCCAAAUCUAGUGAAAGUGUCCCUUGGCGAGUAUGACCUGGAAUUCUUAAAAGUAGCCUUCAAGCAGCUUGCUUGCUGUCUCUGUCAGCUAAGAACUCUUACUCUGGAUAACACACUUAGUUUUCUGACACAAGAGAAAGUUGUCUUUCCUAUUCCUCAGUUACCAGAGCUUGUGUGCUUGGAGUUGCGAAUCUCACCAGAUGAUGCAUGUGUGCUGUUGCAAUUGGCGUGUUUUUUGGAUGCAUCUCCUCGCUUGCAGAAGUUAGUUUUAAAGUUGGACUUUCUAGGGUCGGGGAUAAAUUUGUGGAAAGCCGAGAGCCAUCCGCACAACAACUUAAAGGUGGUUGAGGUUAUUGGAUUCUUUGAUUGCCCAGCAGCGACUGAUAUUGUCACAUUCAUAGUGGACAAUGCUGCUGGGCUAGAAAGUCUGGUGAUCGAUCCUGUUGUCCCAUGGUGUGAGCAUCGUAGAGGAAGGAAGCCUGAUGAGUUAAUUGAGAAGGAACGAAAAGGGAGGCAGCACGCAAUGUCGCUUAGAAGUAUGCUGCCAGGCAUGGACGGUGGAAACUCUUCUAGUGAUUGAUAGUAUACUGGUAUCUGUUUGGUAUUGGAGACUGGAGACGGUAUUUGGAUUUGAGAUGUUGAAACCACUUGAAAAACAAAUGUAAAGGACCUUGCAAAUUAGUUCCAUGUUUUGGUAAAUUUGUAGUUUACUACAGUUGCUCUCUGAUGGUGGUUAACGCAUAGUUAAUCGGGAUGUUGAUGGGCCACUGGGCCAGACAAAUGUACAACAAGGCAUUUAGCGUUUUGGGUAUAAAAUGAGUGAGUAAAUAAUUUCCGUUUA